GAGGUCGGAAGUAGAUGAUGACGAACCCCCCGUGUUGAGCCGGGUGGGGCUCACAUCAAGCAAUCCUCAUCAAUUCAUCAACCACAUCGACCAUCAAGCAUGUCAGUACCCCAUCUCAGUCCCGGUACCAUAUAACCAUCUCUCCAUCCCUUCGAACGUGGAUAUCGGAUCCAGACAAAGUCCACAAGGCUGACACCUCUCAACCGUGAAGCACUACCCUCGACAAAAACGACGAUGCCCGGCAACAAAUCCUCUUGUCCGGAAGGACUCGCCUACUUUUGCAUGUCCACCAUCGAACAUCACCUCGAGUCCCAAAGAUCUUCGGGCGAACCUGGACAGCAAGCUAAGCCUCGACUCAGAGAUUUCAUGGAUACUUCGCCGGGGGGCGUUGGGGGCGCAAGUUUCGACUUGAAGCAAGAAUCUCCGUUGUUCGUCACCUGGAACAAACGUUCAUACGCCUAUACACACGAAGACGCCCCGGGUCCCGAGAACGCCGUUGCGCAAGAGCAUGAUAAUGAGCAAGAGGAUGGAGAUGAUGAGGAGGAAGACGAGGAAGAUGUCUCCCUCCGAGGAUGUAUCGGGACAUUCACCGCCUUGCCAUUAGAAAAAGGACUCCGGGAGUAUGCUAUUACCAGUGCGUUUCGGGAUACGAGGUUCAGGCCUGUUAAAGCGGAAGAAUUGCCUUUCUUGCAGUGCGGCGUGUCCCUCCUCACGCCGAUGACCCCGGCUCCCAAUCCCCUAGCUUGGACCCUAGGAACCCACGGUAUCCACAUAACCUUCCACCACUCUUCCCGUCGAUACUCGGGGACCUACCUUCCCGAAGUUCCCCCUGCUCAAGGUUGGACGAAAGAGGAAACCAUCUUGUCCCUAAUCAGAAAAGCUGGGUACAGGGGGAAAGUGAACACAGGGGAUGACCAAGAUGAGGUUUGGGGUGGGAUACGGUUGCAGAUUUAUGAGAGUAGGAAGGUUAAGAGGAAUUGGGCGCAGUUUGAGAGGUGGAAGGCGGAGAAUGAGAAGUGAGCGGGAGGUCGACCCGGUAGCCGGAUGGUGGGUCGAGGAUCGAAAUGUUCUAAAUAUACGAGUCGUUAUCACGGACCCCAAAUUUGUUGUAAGAGUGUUAUGAUACCGUCGUCGCUAGAACAUGCGCAGCGAGUCCCAUCCUGCGCUUCGCUUUUGUAUCUUCGUUGUACCAGUAUCGCCGUGUUCGCUGUUGUCAUGCAUGUCAUAUACGCUUCGACCU